UGCUUGACUGAUACUCUCUUUGCUGUGACUGCUCUCCUCGCGGCCUCCAAACAUAAGACUCACGAACACUGCUCGUUUCUGCAGUUGACUUCACCGGUAAAAUGCACGAACCACCAAGAAAGAAGAGCGCGCUGAAAUACGUUCCCUGGGUGGCGAUUAUUGCCUUCCUCUUCAUUUUUGUUGGCGUGAUCGUCUGGGCUACGGGCGCAAACACAGCCCUAUCCAACACAAAUGACGCGCUGACCACGCUGAGCGUGGAGGCAGAUGGCUAUGUUCAGACCAUCCACAGCGUGGCUGUGGGCGCUAGUGUGGUGUGCUGCUUGAUGGCAGCGCUGAUGGUGCUUAUGUCAGGAGGCCGGACAUGCUUGGAGAGGGCUGUGGACCAAAGGGGCAAGGCGGUCUGCGGAUCCUGGUUGUGGCUCGCAACAGAGGCGGUGCUGUGUGCGGUGUGGUGGCUCAUUCUCUUCUGGUUGGUGUUUGUUAUCUUUGGCAGCUGCCUUUGGUACGGCGCUACCUAUACCGUCCGUGGCGUUCUCCAGGUGUCCAUCAACACGGCUGUCGCGUACGGCAACAGCACGGUGCUGCCGCCGUCGCCCUUCCCUAGCCUCCCUCCUUCCCCGCCUCUCAACAUCACCAACUCGACGGUGCUGAAGUUGUCCCCGCCUCCUCGCAGCCCUCCUCCACCAUUUGUUUGUGCUAGCAGCUGCCUCAACCUGGCCCUGUUCAACUUCCUUGUUCAGAAGGACAUCUGUGUCUGCUCGGUGGCACUCAUGAGCCAGGCGCUUUACAAAACGAACAAGGCCUAUGACGCGCUUGGCAGCGUUGUGGCCGGGGCCUUCCUCAUGUGGUGCGGAGCAAGUUUCCUGCUCAUGAGCUCGGUGGCGGACUUUGCAAAGACGAAGCGCGAGCGUGAGCUCCUGCUCCGUGCGCAGCGUGCCGCUGUCGACGCCGCGGCUGGCCAGCUGGCAUUGGGCACUGCGCCCGGGUACGCGCCUGGGUAUGGCGGCGACACGCUGCCGCUCAUUAAGACGCAGCAGAUGCAGCAGGCGGCGCUCCAGCAGCAGCAGAUGCAGCAGAUGCAGAUGGCACAGAUGAUGGCGCAGGCGCAGGCCGCUCAUAUGCGGCCACCCGGGCAGGUGUCCACCGGUGCCAGCCAGCAGAACAUGGGCCAUCAGGUUUAAGUCCUAGGGGCGUAGGUUAAGGCUGGUAUGGACUCCUUGACGAUGUACUGGGCGUACGAGGCGAAAGUUGGCGCAACCUGGGUGAUUUCUACUUGGCAGGUAUGCAGCGCUAUGCUGUAGAUGUACGGUUUCUUCUAUGUGUGCGCAGUCUGCUUGGAAUGGGACCAUACGGUAUAUAAUAACCGUUCCCAUUCCCUCAGGGGCUCAGCCCCUAGCCUUACGAGCCUCGGCUCGUGAGGAAGCGCACAACAUUUUCGUGUGCGGCUUUGGCUUUCGUUACUAACUUUUUGUAGCCUUUUGCGGGCUCUGUGAGGCUUUACGACUUGGUUCCGACUUGGUUUGGAUGGCUUCGGCCUUGGGUGGGUGCGUCGCGCCCUGUUUUCGGCAUUGCGCGUUCUGUGGCGGCUGGCCGCGUCUGGGUGGCCGGCCGCGCUCGUUCUGCUCUGUGGUCGCUUUUUGGUUUAGUGUGUGCAGGUUACGGUGGCCCUGGUGGUCGCUCGUGGCCCGGCGCAAGCUUCGAUGUUCCGUGGUGCUCCUCGGCGCCUCUCCUCGUGCCGCCUGGCCCGCCGUCGUCUCCACCGGCGGCCUUGCUGGCUCAGCAGAUAGUUAGGUUGCGGGUGCCGUUCGUAGCAUGGCGGUUCAGGGACCGUUAGGCAGCAGAUGACGCUGGUCCCGGGUGUCGGAUGUGAGUGCCCGGGCGGCUGUUGCCCGGGCGCCCGGGCGGCUGGUGCGCCUGUUCGCCUCCGGGCGCGCGCGUGCCUGUUUGGUGGGUCGGUCUAGUUCGCUGGUGGGGCGGGUGGAGGGCGGUGUGCCCGUGGCGAGGUGUUGUGGUGUACUGGUGGUUUGGUCAGUUUCCGGCUCGGUUUCCCUUUGUGGUGCCUCGGCACCGACGUUUCCGGACAUGGGCCUCCGGGCCAAGACAUUGCGCGUCUGUGACGCCGACGAGAAAAUGUGUGGUGCUUGCGUUUGAUGGGGAUGUCGGCAGACCUCUGGCCUGUCGCGCCUUGUUGUGCGUUGGUGCUGCCGCCAAAAGACCUAAACGAGAUGAGGGGUGUUACGUGGCGGUGGGGCUUUGGCGGGCUUCGGCUUGGCUUCGACUCAUGUGCGUAACACUAUGAAGGUCGGCAGCCAACCAGGGGGCGGGUGUUGUUUCUCUGGGUCGCAGAUGGCCCUUCGCGGCGUGGGUACGGCGUGCCCCCGCUUGUCGGGCUGUCCCUUCAAUUGUAAUCCGCAUCCAUACGGUAGACUGAUAUCAACGAAGACCCGAGUCCUUGUAGGCUGGCGUCUUUGUGGUGGCGACCCAACGCCUGUUACAGGUGACUUGACAUACAAAUUUCCGUGUAAGGAUGAACGAGUGGCUUGAUAGAGCAUGAGACGCUGCGGGAGUCGACAUGUACUGAUCAGCAAACUUUCGGGUGGGGUUGGGGGCACUGGGUGGGGGUGGACAUGCCAGCAGGUCGCUGCUGGCAGCAGGGCUCCUAUCUUAAUGUCUCCAGACAUUAAACGGCCAUUUUGGCCAUUUUCCAGACAAACGGAGGGGGGGGUUCACGCACGCUUUUGAACAAAACAAGCGGUGUCUGAGGAGAGGCAAACUCUACCAUAGUGACAUAUAUAUUUUGUAGAAAGUGAGGGAAUGUCAUGGUCCUUUAGGAGAUUUUCGGCAAUAUGACGAGGAUGAAGGACACCCCGAUCAAGUCUUCCUUUUUGCAGAUGCGCAGAGCCGGUGACGAGGAUUUGCCGGGGAUGCCGCAUUUUAAGUCACGCA